AUGGAACACUCUGGCUGGAGUGCAGUGGCACAAUCUCGGCUCACCACAACCUCUGCCUCCCAGGUUCAAGUGAUUCUCAUUUUUGUAUUUUUAGUAGAGAUGGGAUUUCACCAUGUUGGCCAGGCUGGUCUCGAACUCCUGACCUCUGGUGAUCCACCCAGCUUGGCCUCCCAAAGGUUGCCACUAAAAUCGGAACUAUAUGACCCCAGUCCGGGUGUGAUGGAGAUGAAAGUGAUGGGCCAGAACUAG